GUAGCCACGUGGUUUACCAAAACAUCAUGGCGGCCGGUUUUAAGACUGCUGAGCCUCUGGAGUACCACAGGAGCUUUUUGAAAGAAAACUGCCGAUCGGAUGGACGAGAGCUGUCUGAAUUCAGAACCACAACCCUGAACAUAGGAUCUAUAUCCACCUCAGAUGGAUCUGCUCUGGUGAAAAUUGGAAAUACUACUGUCAUAUGUGGGAUCAAAGCGGAGUUGGCAAACCCUACAGUGGAAUCACCUGGUAAAGGUUACAUGGUGCCAAACGUGGACCUGCCUCCUUUGUGCUCCUCUCGGUUUCAGGCAGGUCCUCCAGGAGAACAGGCCCAGGCUGCCAGUCAGUUCAUCGUCGAUGUCAUUGAAAGUUCUGAAAUGAUACAAACAGAGGAUUUGUGCAUUGAAAGGGGAAAGCUCUGCUGGGUGCUGUACUGUGACCUCAUGUGUCUCGACUAUGACGGGAAUGUCCUGGAUGCGUGUAUCAUUGCUUUGCUGGCAGCUCUAAAGAACACACAACUACCAGAGGUCAAAAUCAACACAGAGACAUGUUUACCUGAGGUCACAUCAGAAAAGAAACACAGGCUCAAAAUUUACAGACAUCCAGUUGGUGCCUCUUUUGGCAUCUUUGACGAUUCCAUAUUGAUCAUAGAUCCCACAGCAGAGGAAGAGAUCUUGUUGACGGCUCAGCUCACGGUGGUAACAGAUGAGGAAGGUCGACUCUGCUCUGUACACAAACCAGGUGGGACAUCACUGUCGGGAGAGAAGCUGCAGGAGUGCAUCACCCGUGCAACGACACGACAAAAGGAGAUCCAAAAGCUCAUUGACAAAGUCAUAGAGAGUGUGAAGACGGCACAAUAAAGACUCACAGACAACGCUUUGUAUCUAAAAGCUGUAUUUUCCACUGUCAAUAUAUAUUCUUUUUUUUUAAUAACAAUAAAACUGCUGACAAAGA